CAACUGCGCCAGCCAGCACGCACCACGCACCACCUCACUCACCUCCCCUGCCAGCGUACCUAUUCUGGCAGCCCCCAGCUCAGCCAGUCCCGUCCCGUCCAGUCCAGACCUUGGUACCUCUCUACACGCAGUCGCCUUGUCUCCUGGGAGCAAAAGCCCGAACGACGAAACCUCCCCGACCUCAUCCUACCGACUCCACCGUCAUCCACGAACCACCCUCACAAUACAGACAAUAAUCUCGCGCCUUCGUCGUCAAGAUGUGGAUUAUUGAUUGGUGUAUUCUACAACGUCCUCUCAAGCCUCGGCUUGCUCAACAAGCAUGCCAAGCUUCUCUUCCUCGGCCUCGACAAUGCCGGCAAGACCACCUUGCUGCACAUGCUGAAGAACGACCGUGUCGCUAUUCUCCAGCCUACCCUCCAUCCUACUUCCGAGGAGCUUGCCAUCGGCAACGUGCGCUUCACCACCUUCGAUCUCGGCGGUCACCAGCAGGCCCGCCGCCUGUGGAAGGACUACUUCCCCGAAGUCAACGGCAUCGUCUUCCUCGUCGACGCCAAGGACCACGAGCGAUUCCCUGAGGCCAAGGCCGAGCUCGACGCCCUCCUGUCCAUGGAGGAGCUGGCUAAGGUGCCCUUUGUCAUCCUCGGCAACAAGAUUGACCACCCCGACGCCAUCUCGGAGGAGGAGCUCCGUCACCAGCUCGGCAUGUACCAGACGACUGGUAAGGGCAAGGUGCCUUUGGAGGGAAUCCGACCCAUCGAGGUCUUCAUGUGCUCUGUUGUCCUCAGACAAGGAUACGGUGACGGUAUCCGGUGGCUCUCGCAGUACGUCUAA